AUGGAUUCAGCGCACGAGCAGUUCUUCAGCUCAUCAGAACGCGGGUCUUCAAGCGAGGAUACCGAAGUUCCCGGCGAUGAAGUGCUGGCACCUCGUGAUUCCUCUCUUCCCCCGUCCGCCAAAUACAACAUGCGGAUCGUCGAUCGUAUUACAACGCCGCCGAGAACCUUUUUGGAUGAUGAAGGAGGUACCCCCGUUGACGAGUCGUUAACGGGAUCUUUGAUGGAGAAACGGCGCCAGGGCGUAUAUUUCCAUCGCCCUCCCAUUUGGAUGCUUGGGCCUACCGGUGGUGAUGGUGCUGCUCCAUCUUAUGAGAGCGAUGUCAAUUUGUACUUUCCCGCUGAAGACUCGGCGUUGGCAACCGCUUGCUCGAAGCAGUGUUCGGAAGUAUUCUCUGAAGAGCCUUCGAAUUCGAAGCUAUCAACAACUCGAAGCUCCAACCUGCCUGCCUCUGCCCUUGACGCUAAUUCAGUGCCCGCAUUCGAUUAUCCGGCUCAAUCAGCUACUGAAAUCGUCGUCAAAGAGCCUUCUGAGCCUAGAAUUAUUAUGGGUUUCACGGACGAAUCAAAUAUAUCCCUGGAAAAGUUCGCCCUUCUGCCUCUCACCACUCUUGAGCAGCGUACGGCAAUGAGUUUUGAUAAAGGAAGUCAUCCACAGGCCAAACUUGACCCAAUAAGACGGUAUAGUCCGCCAAUGGAGCAAGCGGAACUUCCACGGGACAAUGAACAAUUAGCGGGCAAGAGAUAUCUUGAAUCGUGUCGCGACAUCAGGGCAUCAGGACCCGGGAACGGAUUUGCGAUCCGAAGUGGAUCCCGCGUCAUUUGCAUCUGCGACACCCUUCUUGACGACGAUGAGAAAGAGAAGGAUGAUUAUUCUCAUUUGCAGUUUGGUGAUGUGUAUCUGGUGCUCCGGUUGUAUUUGGACCUGUGGGCUUCGUGUAUCAAACUCGAUACUGCUACUCCGGUCUAUCCUACGGCUCCCAUCAAUCACCUCAUGAGUCCUGUAUACUCUACAACAACCUGGCCUACAUCGAAUGAAGCCAUCAAAUUUUUGCCUCUUUGCUCUGUGACGAUAGAGGCUAACUUCAGCAAAUACAUUCGGCACCACCCGAUACAUGGCGAUGGAUUAGUAGCCGUCAGCAAUCCGGCGACGGGGCAACUAGUCAUUCCUCCUAAACGCAGGGAAAGCUUAGAGGCAGCCGCUGAUGUUUUGAAUAAUGCAGGUGGCGUUUUAAUACCACUGGAAUAUUAUUCCCUUACUACAUACCCCACAAUGGACGAAGAUGCUGACUAUAUAGCCGUCAACUCCAAGGAAAACGAAGAGCCUGUGGGUCAUGUCCGUGAAUGCAAGCCUCUACACUAUGGGCCUGGCUUCCCCAGCACUCUGCCUGUCCAGUCUAGGAUGCGGCGGUUGCGGAACAAACUGACAGGAAAACAAAUCAACUCGGAUAACAAUGAACAACCACUGGGAAGAAGACGUAGUGUCCUUCUUGCAUCUCUAUCCUCGCGACCAGAUCGCAGUAAAAAGGAGGAUGAAUCCAUAAUCCAGCUAAAACCAGAAGCUGAGGCAGCCAUGCAAGGCUCACCAGCCACCGCGCAUCGCUCUGGCUCGCGUCGAUUCCGAAAGCCUUGGGCUGUCCACUCUUCUUCUAUGUUCUAG